GAUAGUGGUAUAUUGAGAUUUCUGUAUAAGAGAGAUAGUGGUAUAUUGAGAUUUCUAUGUUUGUAUAAGAGAGAUAGUGAUAUAAUGAGAUGUCUGUAUCAGAGAGAUAGUGGUAUAUUGGGAGGUCUGUUUCAGAGAGAUAGUGGUAUAUUGAAAUGUCUGUAUUAUAGAGAUAAUAGUGGUAUAUUGAGAUUUCUGUAUAAGAGAGAUAGUGGUAUAUUGGGAGGUCUGUUUCAGAGAGAUAGUGGUAUAUUGAAAUGUCUGUAUUAUAGAGAUAGUGGUAUAUUGAGAUGUCUGUAA